GUUAGGAACUUGAAGUUAAAUUUUGGUCAAGGGGGGUCGAGAAGCUGUCGUUAACCGGAGAGAUUUCUAAUAAUAUUGUGAAUAAAAAUGUUUAAACUAGCUCGUCGGCUUCUUCCCCAGCAGCGGAUAUUCUCAACUCCGCUGCGUCUUCAACGUCUUAUCUCCACCAGCGACGAAGUCAACUCGGAGCCUAUUAUCAAAUCUAUGGAAACGAUUGGCGGCCUGUCCACGGAACUUGUCAACGAGCAGAAGUUGAAAAAGACCAGCAGAACAUUAUCAACGCUUCAAAAUCACUCCGUUCCAAUUGCGGCUCGCGUCACAGUGUCAAAAGAUGAAAGUCGCGACUUUAUGGCUGUGUUUCCUGAUCUUGUACGUGACAUCACUACCGUGACGAAGACCCAUAAUUGCAAUGAUGCCGCUAAGUGGUUUGCCCAGGUGCUGCAAUACAAUGUACCGCGGGGCAAAAAGAAUCGCGGCAUACUCACAGUGCUCACCUACAAGAAUCUGGUGGCAGCCGAAGAUUUGACCCCAGAGAAUAUAAAGCUAGCCCAGUACCUGGGAUGGUGUGUGGAAAUGCUCCAGAGCUUCUUCAUAAUCUCUGACGACGUGAUGGACAACAGCACAACACGACGCGGCCAGCCGUGCUGGCACAAGGUUGAGAACGUUGGCUUGACAGCCAUCAAUGACGCUCUAAUGAUUGAGAAUGCCAUGUAUGCCAUUUUGAAGAUGCAUUUCAGCCACCUGGACUGCUAUGUGGCGCUCAUGGAGCUCUUCCAUGAGAUUACCUACAUAACAACUUGUGGCCAGUCAUUAGAUCAGCUCAACUCCAAUCGAAGUGUUUCCGAGUUCACUAUGGACAAUUACAAAUCAAUUGUGGACAACAAAACUGCCUACUAUUCAUUCUAUCUGCCCUUUGCUGUUGCCUUACACUUGGCUGGAUAUAAGGACGCCGAAGCCUUCCGCCAAUCAAAGACCAUCCUCUUGGAAAUGGGUCACUUUUUCCAAGUUCAAGACGAUUUUCUUGACUGCUUCGGGAACCCGGAGGUGACUGGCAAAAUUGGCACCGACAUACAGGACAACAAAUGCUCCUGGCUAGCCGUGGUGGCCAUGCAGCGAGCUAAUGCCGAGCAAAAGAAAAUCAUGAUCGAUUGCUAUGGAAACGAGGAUCCAGUCAAGGUGGAGCGGGUUAAGGAACUUUACAAGGAACUCGGCUUGCCCACUACUUUUGCCACAUUCGAAGAGGAGUCGUACAACAUGAUUAAAACACACAUACAACAAACAUCGCGCGGUGUUCCCCACCAAACUUUCCUGCAAAUCCUCAACAAAAUCUACCAGCGAGACUCCUAAACUAUUCAGAUCUAUCAAAUUUUGAGACGAGAACGUUUUUACUUAAAUUAUAGCUUUAGAAUUUAUACAAGGGAUGCGUCUGAAUUGUUUAAGCAAUUAUAACCGAAAUUAUAACUUUAUCAUA